AUGUCUGAAUGGCUUUCGGAAACCGACAAAACGCAGCAGCCUCUGUGGGACAAUUUCAAUUGCCCCGGCGGUGCCUGUUGGCCAGUGGUAGGCAAUGUGGUUGAACGACUCGACGAAUCCUUGGAGAUUUUUCAAGAGUCUUUGGAGGUCACUAGGCCCAGCUCAAAUGCAACCCCAGGGUGCUGCAAUGUUGGAUUGCUUAGAACUUGA